AGAGACAAAGAGAUGGCAGCAUCAUUUCCAUCAAAGGCUUCUGGUGUCAUUCCUCUUGUUUUGAGGGUUCUCACUUUCAUUUGCCUCUUGGCUUCACUCAUCAUAUUGACCACCAACACUGCCACCUUAGUAGUUAAUCUUGUUGAGUUUAAAAUCCACUUCAACGAUAUCUACUCCUACAGGUACUUGCUUGCAACAAUUGUAAUCGGAUUUGCAUACACAAUCUUGCAAAUUCUUUUUGCAUUAUGCUAUGCUGCCACAGGAAAAAGGUUUCUUGGUGGUGAUAGAAAUCUUUUGUUUGACUUCUACGGUGACAAGGUAAUAUCAUACUUGCUAGCCACAGGUGUUGCUGCAGGAUUUGCUGCUACGAAGGAUCUUAAGCCAUUAUUUGUAGCCUUAGGGGCUGGAGAUGUUGUACAAUUUUUCAACAAGGGCUAUGCAUCUGCUGGCCUCCUUCUCAUCGGAUUCGUUUGCACUGCAAUAUCAUCUGUAUUGUCGUCCUAUGCACUCCCAAAGCAAUUUUAAUUAAUUGGUAGAGUAAUUAAGGUAACUUUGUUUAGCAUCAGUGUGGAUAUCUGACUUAUGCUUAGAUUUAAACUUAAUUUCAUCUCCUAAUAAGGUAAUCAAUGAUCUGUAUGUGCUUCUGAUUCCUGCUUAAUUGUACUUGGUCUUGCAUAUCAACCAUACACUACACUGUUUAUUUCUUUCCAUUUUCUAGUAAAUUUUAUAUUUUAA